AAAGGGCUUAAAAGAAAAUUAAUUUGUGUGUCUUCUGGGAACCUAAAAGCAGUGGCCUCUAUCCUUUAUUCCUCGUGACCUUUUAAAAAGGAGAAACAUCUACUUUCACUGGAUGCUCACAGUGUGCAUACAGUGAGUCUGUGCACUGUGAGAUGUGAUUUCACCUCAUCACAAGGCCUAGUCUCAUGACCCCCUGGGAUGGGUUCGGACAUUCAUUCUUGGACCAGAUUCAACAGUCAGUAGGCAAUGCAACACAUCAGGGCUGUGGAUUAUAUUUGCAUCUGUCCUCCAGGGAUGCACGAUGGGGAUCCUCACAUAAAAGGCCGCUGUCCGUGUUGCACAACAUCCCUCGCCACUUUGAAACCUGGAGGCAUGAUCCUGAUCUGUUGUGGCACCGGACUCAGUGAGAGUCGCUGGCCGGUGCCAAACGGCACAGCUACUGUCAGACACGAGCCAGCUUGCAAAGGAUCAAAUGUAGUUAAUCUUCAAAUCCUCAAAUCUUCCUUUCCUAAACCCAACCAGGCAGUUUUGUUGACAAACCUCAGAUAGUUUUCUUUGCCUGUCUAAACUU